AUGAAUAUUAAAAAUAUUUUGGUGUUUGUUGCUUUAAAUUUUAUUGUUAACAUUUGUAAUGGUGAAUUUGAACCUUUAUCACAACCAUUAAAAGAUGAUCAAAAACCUUUAACAACCGACAUUUUAAAUCUUUAUGGUGUUGCACUUAAUGAUCCAUGUUCAUAUGAUGUUUUUUCAUGUUACAAUAUUCCAAAGAAUGACCAAGAUCCAACUGCAUAUGUAGGACAAGUAGUAGGUGAAAUUAAUAUUUCAAACCUUGGUAAGCAAUAUACAAUUAGUGAUUUAUCACCAUUUGCACUCAGCUUAGAGUAUUUAAAUAUUAUUGAUGACCAAGUAACAGUUGGCGACAGUUUUUGGAAUUCAAUUGAUCAAUUUACCAAAUUAAAAAAGAUUAGAAUCUCAAAACAAUCAUCUACAAUUGGAUCAACAUCAUUCCCACAACAAUUAGAGGAAAUUGUUAUUGAUAAUUAUGGUGGUCAAGUUUCAGAUGUUUUCUUUAAUUCAAACUUAAAGUCAUUAGUAAUUAAUGGUGCUUUAUCAGGUUUUUCCUACAAUACUCAAUUCCCAUCAAAUAGCAAAUUACAAAAUUUAUAUUUGGUUGUUACUUCAAGUUUCCCAAGUGGUUUUGAUGGUUUAAAGGGUCUUAAUACUUUAGGUUUAAAGAUUGAUAAUCAAAAAAGUUUAUCAGCAUUCACAAUUCCAAAUGAAUUUAAUAAACUUUCAAAUCUUGAUUCUUUAUCAUUUUUAUUCACCACUGAUAAUCCAGUUUAUACUUUCCCAUCAAGUGUUCAAAAUAUCCCAUCAAUGAAAUCCCUCUUCAUUUCUGGUAAUGGUUUUGCAACUCCAUCAUCUGGUUUUAAUUAUGAUUUCACUAAAAAUCAAAAUAUUAGACUUGAUUUCAAUGGUUUAUCAAAUUUACUUUCAUGUUCACAAAAGCCAUGCAUUAAAGUAAAUGCAAAUUCAAAAAUCGGUACUGUUGAUUCCAGUUACUCAUUUACUAAUAUUGAUUUGACCAAUUUCGUUACAAUUCACAUUACAGGAAAUACUAUUGAACAACCAUUACCAGCAAUUAGUUAUGAUAAAAUUAGUUAUGCAGCUUUUAUUAAUAGUGGUUUUAAUGGUGCUAUUCCAGAUGGUUAUUGCUCAGUUAAUUUUAGAAAAUAUAGAUUAUUUAAUAAUAAAUUAACAUCAGCUCCAUCAUGUUUAUCAUGUGCCAUGUAUAGUGAUGAAGUUUCAUCAGUUUUAUUACCAAAUGGUUUUUCAAAGCCAUCAUCCCCUUGUGUAAAUAAAAAAGAAGUUAAAGUUUCAACAAAUGGAGCUCAAACAUCAAUUGAAGGUUUAGGUUUUGAAACCAAUCUAUCAUCAACUAAUGGAAAAAUUGUUAUUGCCCCUUCUUUAUCAAUUUCAAAGUUAAAUUCUUUAAUCACCGUUAAUGCUUUCCCAGGUGAAGGUUCAAGCAAUUUAUUUAAAUAUAAUUUAAAUGGAGUUGAACUUGAAUUAACAGUUUCAUAUGAACCACCAGUUAUUAAUGAUCAAAAGGUUAAUACCGAUUCAAUAACUCUUAUGGGCACUGGUUUUUCAACUAUCGGUAAAAAUACAGCAGUUAUUCACUAUUUUGAUAGAACAACUACCUUAUAUAUUACUUCAUCUGAUAGUGUUACCUUAAAUAUACCCAGAGAUACAAUCGAGGAAUUAAUUUCUGAACAAGAUGGCUAUGAAUUAAGUGUUGUAGUUACUGUUGCUGAUCAAGUCUCAUCUAAUUACACCAUUGGAAACCCAGAUUUCCCAUCAAGCUCGUCAAUUUUAUCCCCAAUGUCAAUUUUCAACAUUAUCCUCGUUUCUUUGUGUUUUGUUUUAUAUUUUUAA